AUGACUGAGAAAGACUCAUCUGCCAUUAAGCAACAUACAAAGACUCAACUUCCCUUUUGUGUUGGCCUUGAGUCUGGUAAAAUUGAUGUUCUUGUUAACGCUGCUGCUGGCAAUUUCCUCGCUGCUGCUGAGGAUUUGUCUCCUAAUGGCUUCAGAACAGCUAAAGGAAACGUUUGUAUUGUGUGUGUGUGCAGUCUUGGGCCUGGGAGAGACUCAUCAACUGGUGGUGGUUUGAUUAUUAACAUAAGUGCUACUUUGCACUACACGGCUUCUUGGUACCAAAUUCAUGUUUCUGCUGCCAAGGCUGCAGUUGAUGCUACGACAAGAAACUUGGCAUUGGAGUGGGGAACUGACUACGAUAUUAGAGUAAACGGGAUUGCACCAGGUCCCAUUAGAGGUACACCGGGAAUGAGUAAACUUGUACCUGAGGAGAUUGAAAACAAAACCCGAGAGUACAUGUCUCUUUAUAAACUCGGAGAGAAAUGGGAUAUCGCAAUGGCUGCACUCUACCUCAGCUGUGAUUCUGGUAUGAAAUUUGUGAACGGAUUGACAAUGGUGGUAGAUGGAGGACUGUGGCUUAGCAAACCUCGCCAUUUGCCCGAAGAAGCUGUGAAGCAACUCUCUCGUGCAGUGCAGAAGAGGUCCAGGGCCAAGCCUGUUGGUCUGCCAACCAGCAAGCUUUAG